AUGUCUUUCUUCCUUCGUCAAUCCAUCAGAGCUGCACGUCCAGUUUCAAUCGCAACUCCUGUUCGGAGAACAUUUGCAAGUUCGAGCGUGAGAGGUUUGAAGGAGAGUGAUAGGCAUAACCCAGAACAAGCUGCCGAAAAUGAACAUCACAAGCAAGAUCAAUUGGCCAAACAAAAGGAAGGAAAGAACCAUUGGAAACCAGAGUUGGCUAGUGAUAGUGAAGAAGCUAAAAUCACAUGGAAGCCAAUCUCUCCCUCUCUACUUGCAGACCCGAUCACUCCUCCUGGUUCACACACCAAUUUGAAGAUGGAACGGAAAAGUACGACUCCAGGUCUAUUCUAUAAUUCCGUACCCACACCACCAGCAAGUGUCUUGGCAGAAGAAGAGAAAAUAGCACCAUUAAGGUUCCAUUUGGUUGGAAAUAUAGUGAAGCGUGUCCGUAUAGCAGCAGAUCGUCACGAACACUCUGAUCUUUCCAAGGAGGGUAUUAAGGAAUUGCAAAAGAAGACUGAAGGUCAUGCUGAGGAGAAACUUAAGAAUGGAACGAGUAAGAAUACUGGGUUGUAA